AUGCGUCUUAACCCCAUCUCGAUCUCUUGUGCACUUGCUUUCACUGGUCUAUUGAAUGCCGCCCCUGUGGAAAGAUCAUCCAAUGGCUGCAAAUUGAUCAUGUCCAAUGGCGUUGUUACAUACUCAGGUGCCAACUGCUUCAAUGUUCAGGUGACCGACAACACCAAACGUUGGUUCAAGGGUGACGACAAUGACGAAGAUGAUAAUCGAUUCGAACUCAAAGGCGAUGAAGGCGAGGUCAAGAUCAAGGAAGGCGACGAUGACAAUGGCUUUUUCGCUGCCAUCAAGCAUAAGGAAGGUGAAGCAUCUGUAUCCACAUCCAGUCACAGCACUGCACAUGCUGAAGGAAAGGGUGCUAAGGCGAGUGCCGAAUCUUCAAGCAAGGCUGAAGCUGAAGCCCACAAGAAGGAUCGUGAUGACAAGGAUGAUGACGACAAGGAUGAUGAUGACAAGGAUCGUGAUGACAAGGAUCAUGAUGACAAGGAUCGUGAUGACAAGGAUGAUUGCGAGGAUGAUGAUGAUGACAAGCGUGGCGAUGACAAGGAUCAUGACGACAAAGAUGAUGAUGACAAGCGUGAUGAUGAUGAUGACAAGCAUGAAGAUAAGGUGAAGGUCAAGGCUGAAAGCAAGGCAUCUGCUCAUGCUGAAGGUGAAAAGGCUGAUGCUCAUGCUGAAAGCAAGUCAACUGCACAUGCAAACAAGGAUGGCAAGGUUGAGGUGGAAACCGAGAGCAAGGCAUCAGCACAUGCUGAGGGCAAGAAUGCACAUGCUGAAGCGCAAUCUGAAGGUCAUGCUGAAGCUUCGGCUCGUAGCAAGGAUGAAAAACGUGGUCUUGAAGGUGUAGCUGAGGCUUCAAGUGCUUCAUCUGCUAAGGCUAAGGCUGAGGGCAAACAUGCAAAGGCAUCUGCUGCUAGUGCUUCGGAGGCUAAGGCCAAGGUCCAUGACAAGCGUGGUGAUGAUGAUGAUGACCAUGAGGCUGUUGCCAAGGCUUCAAGUGCUUCUGCUGCUAAGGCCAAGGCUGAAGGCAAACAUGCUAAGGCAUCUGCUGCUACUUCUUCUUCUGCUAAGGCCAAGGCUCACAACAAGCGUGGCGACGAUGAUGAUGAUGAUCGUGAAGCUGAAGCUAAGGCAUCAAGUGCUUCCGCUGCUAAGGCCAAGGCUGAGGGCAAACAUGCUAAGGCAUCUGCUGCUACUUCUUCUUCUGCUAAGGCCAAGGCUCACAACAAGCGUGGCGAUGAUGAUGAUGACCAUGAGGCUGUUGCCAAGGCUUCAAGUGCUUCCGCUGCUAAGGCUAAGGCUGAAGGCAAGCAUGCAAAGGCUUCGGCUGCUACUUCUUCUUCUGCUAAGGCCAAGGCUCACAACAAGCGUGGUGAUGAUGAUGAUGAUCGUGAAGCUGAAGCUAAGGCAUCAAGUGCUUCUGCUGCUAAGGCCAAGGCUGAGGGCAAACAUGCUAAGGCAUCUGCUGCUACUUCUUCCAAUGCUAAGGCCAAGGCUCACAACAAGCGUGGUGAUGAUGACGAUGAUCAUGAAGCUGAAGCUGAAGCAUCAAGUGCUUCCGCUGCUAAGGCC